GGGGCGCUCCGUGGGGCGCUGUGGGGUCGGGGGGUCCUGGGGGGGUCCGGCGGUGUUUGGGGCCAUCGGAAGGGGCAGUUCCCUGGGUCCCGGGGCAGUUAGGAGCACCGUGGGGUGGUUGGGGGGGGCAGUUACCCGGUAUCUGAGGCCGUUGGGGAUCCGUGGGGCAGUUUGUGGGACCUGAAGGGGGCAAUCGGGAGGGCCUGGGGGCGGCCGGGGGGCCUUUGAGGGAGCUGGGGGGUCCCUAGGUCGGUUGCUGGGGGUCCUGAGGUAUUCUGGGGGGCCCUGGGGCAGUUUGGAGGAGCCCGGGGGUGGCUGUGAGUAAACUGGGGCAGUUUGGAGGACCUUGGGGCAAUUUCUGGGGUUCCUGGCGUAUUUUGGGGGGCGCUGGGGCAGUUUAGGACUCCCUCAGGCAGUUUGCAGGACAUUGAGGUGAUUCAGGGCAUCCCUGGGGCGUUUGGAGGGCCCUGGGGCAGUUUAGGGGGUCCCUGGGGCGGUUUAGGGGGUCCCUGCGGCAGUUAGCAGCACCCUGGGGCAGUUCAGUGGCUGCUUGAGGGAUCCCAUGCGUAGUUUGGGUGUCCCUGGGGCAGUUUGUGGGGUCACCGGGGCAAUUUCCAGGGAUAUGGGGCUGGGGGGGCGAUUAGAGGGGGCAGUUUGAGACCGGGGGGGGCAAGAGGAGAAUGGAGGACGCAGCUGGGUGGGGGUCUGCUGGAUUUGGGGUGACCGAGUGGCACUUGGGGUGAGAUGUGGGGGUUGGGGGGCAACUGCGGCUGCGGGGGGAAGGGGAGGCAAUUGUUUGAGUGGGGCAGUUGUUCCCACCCUUCAGGCCAUGCAGCGAAGGCGUCCCCGAGGCCUCGGCGCCGUGGGGGGCACAGGUCGGUUCUUCCCCUCCCACCCCCCAUCCCGAAUGCUGGGCUCUGUGGAUCGGAGGUCCCCGUGAGGGGGGGUCCGGCAGCCCCCCAUGAUGUGGGUCCCCGCAGGGUGGGGGUCAGCGCCGAGGCAGCCCCUCGCCAGCGACUCGGAGGACGAGGAGCCCCCCCAGCGCUGUCCCAACAGCGCAGACACCGCCUCCCCCCAAGUGGUGCCAGAGAGGUAAGUGGGGCCCCAGCAGUGGGGUCAGGAGGGGGGCUGAAGCCCUUGGCCUCAUUUGGAGACCCCAAACCCCUCCGUGUGCCGUGCAGCGACCUGGAGGAGCCGGAUGUGUCCCCCAACGUCCCCGUGCUCCGAAAACGCCUCCCCCCCUCCUCAACUUUGGGCUGCGCUGAUCUGGACGUCGGGGGACCCAAAAAGCGCCGUUUAGACCCCAAAAUGCCCCCAGAUCCUGGUGCUGAGCCCCAAAAUCGCUGUGUGAGCCCCAAAGAUGUGGUGGGUACAGAUGUGGAGCGGUGGAAGGGCAGCGAUCCAAGUUUGGGCAUUGAGAGCGAUACGGAUGAUGAGGAGCACCCAAAAUCUGCUGUUCUUCACCCAAAUCGCCACCAAUCCGCCCUUGAGAGAAGCGCUGACCUUGGUGUGGCCCAAAGAACCCCAAAUCCGGACAUGGGGGGCACCAAAAAUGGGCGCUGGAUGCUCACAGUGGACAGCGACACCGACAAGGAGGAGGCUGAGCUCCUUCCGCCCAUCCGACGGCCAAAAAUACGGCGAAAAGCCCCAAAUGUGCCCCAAAGUGCCGUGAUGGUGGGGGCGAAGAGCCCGCAGUCAGACCCCCGAGGUCCAAACAACGGAUUUCAGGUCGCCGUGGUAGGCAGCGAUACGGAUGUGGAGGUGGGGAGCUCAGUUUUGGGGGUUGGAAGUUCCCAAAGCGGACAGUGGGCGCUCACGGUGGACAGCGACACGGAUGUGGAGGAAAGCGGAGCAGAUCUGGGUGUGGAACGGCCCCAAAACCGUCAGAUGAGCCCAAAUGUUCCAAAAGUAGGGCUGGAGAGCCCAGGUCCACCUCCUGGGGGUCCUCGGGAGGAGCCUUUGGUGCUGAUGGUGGAUAGCGAUACGGACGUGGAGGACUGCGGGGCGGAUCCAGAUGUUCUGUGCUCCACCACCCUCCAGGUGACCCAAAAUGUGCCAACCCCCCCCAGUAUUGAGGCUGAUGGUCCCCAAAAAGAACAACAGGCACCGGAGGUGGGCAGUGAUCCAGAUGUUGGCGGCCCUCCAAGUGGAGACCCAGAUCCAGAGGUUGGGGGACCCAAAAUCCAUCAGCAACUGCCUCUGGUUGACAGCGAUACAGAUGUGGAGGAGGACAUUGCGUAUCCAAGGGUCCCCAUGAGCACCCCAAAGCCCCUCAUUGGUGUGGGUGUGGUGAUGGAGACCCCAAAUCCUCAUCUUAAAGGAUCUCAGAGGGGAGGUCAGAACCUGGAGGUGGACAGUGACACAGAUGUGGAAGGAGAAGAGCAGCAUCCAGAUGUUCCUCACCCGGAAAACCACCAGGAAGACCACCAGAAAAAACACAAAACAUCCCAGAUUGCCCCUCAGGAUCCAGUUGUGGUGAUGGAGACCCCAAAUCCUCAUCUUAAAGGAUCUCAGAGGGGAGGUCAGAACCUGGAGGUGGACAGUGACACAGACGUGGAGGGAGAAGAGCUGCAUCCAGGUGUUCCUGAUGUGAAAAACCAUGAAAUGCUCCAAAUCACCCCAAAGGAUCCAGCUGUGGUGAUGGAGACCCCAAAUUCCAACCUUAAAAGAUCUCAGGUUGGAGGUCAGAGCCUGGAGGUGGACAGUGACACAGAUGUUGAAGAAGAGCUGAAUCCAGAUGUUUCUCACCCAGAAAACCCCCAAACGGCCCAAAGUGUCCUGAAGGAUCCAGCUGUGGUGAUGGGGACCCCAAAUCCUGACCUUAAAGGCUCUCAGAGUGGAUGUCAGAGGCUGGAGGUGGACAGCAACACAGAUGUUGAAGAAGAGCUGAAUCCAGGUGUUCCUCAUCUGAAAAAACAUGGAAUGCCCCAAAUCGCCCCAAAGGAUCCAGCUGUGGUGAUGGAGACCCCAGAUCCUGGCCUUAAAGGAUCUCAGGUUGGAGGUCAUAGCAUGGAUGUGGACAGUGACACAGAUGUGGAGGGAGAAGAGCUGAAUCCAGAUGUUCCUCACCCGGAAAACCCCAAAACACCCCAAAUUGCCCCAAAGGAUCCAGCUGUGGUGAUGGAGACCCCAAACCCAGAUGUUGUUGCCCUGAAUGGUGACGGUGACACCAAUGUGGGGGACCUCGGUGGCGUCGAAGCCCCCCAAACCCACAAGGCAACACAGAGAUUCAUUGAUUCGGAUGCUGUGGCUGCCUCCGCUCCAGAUGUUGCUCCAGAUGUUGCUCCAGAUGUGGCGGUGACCGCCCCAAAUCCAGCUGUUUCCCCUCCCGCCAGCCCUGGGGGUGGCAGUGACAGCGAUGGGGAGGAGGUGGCUCCCACUCCUCACAUUUGGAGCAGAAUCCGACCCCGAAAUCCAAAUGUUGGGAGCGUGGCGAUGGGCAGCGGUGCCGAUGUGGAGCAGAUGAACCCAAAAUGUGGGAAAUUGACCCAAAAAAGGCAGAGUUUACCCCCAGAACCGUGUGGUGAUGGAGGUGUGGGAGGAACAGCACCAAAACGACACAAUUCAGCCCCACAUACAGACAUGGAGAGCCCCAAACCCAACGAUGGGGCGCAGAGACACAGUGGGGAGACCUUGAGGAUGGGCAGUGAUACAGCUGUGGCUCCAGCCCCAAAAUCUCCGGAUUCAGCCCCAAAUUUGGGCCUCACUGCUAGUGGGCAGCAUCGUCCCAAUGGGGACACGGAUGUGACAGAGAGUGACACCGAGGCUGAGGAUGACCCGGACCUCUUCCUCGCCUCCACGCAGAACUUCCUGCCCCCCACACAGAACUUCCUGCCCCCCACGCAGAACUUCCUGCAGCCCCCAACCCAAGGCGGCUGUCCCCCAGACCCAACCCCAGCUUGGGACCCCGAGGAGCCGACGCAGUGCUUCUACCACCCCGAGGAGGAGGAGGAGAAGGAGGAAGAGCCCCCCCAGAGCCGCGAGGCCACGCGUGUCCCCACGGUGACGCCAGCCCAGGACGACCUGGGGGCCUUGACAGCCCCCAGCAAGGAUGUGGGGGAGGGGCCGUGCCGCAGCCAGCGCCAGACCCGCAGCCGUGGGGGCGGAGCCAGCCGGGAAGGAGGCGGGGCCAAGGCAGCAGGGGGCGGGGCCGCAUCAGACCCCGCCCCUUUGCGCCGCAGUCCCCGCCUCCUGGCCCGGCCUCCGCCGGCAGAGCCCAAGAAGGGGCGUGGCCAAGAGGAGCCCCGCCCACCGCCUGCAACCCGCCCCCGGAGGGGUGGCCACGCCCCCUCUCAGAAGAAAGCACGGGAGGAGGAGCCAGCUGACGUCACUCGGUCCCGGCUCCGCCCCCGGGGAAGCUCCGCCUCCUCCUGCCCCAAGGUGCUGUUCACGGGAGUGGUGGCCUCCCCCGAGAUGGAGGCGGCCCUGGGGGGGCUGGGGGGGUCCAUGGCCGCCUCCGUCUUCGACUGCACCCACCUGGUGACCGACCGCGUCCGCCGCACCGUCAAAUUCCUGUGUGCAGUGGCACGCGGCAUCGCCAUCGUCACCCCCGCGUGGCUCCACCAGAGCGCCCGCAGCGGCCGCGUCCUUCCCCCGGGUCCCUUCCUGGUGCAGGACAGCCAGCAGGAGCAGCACUUUGGCUUCAGCCUGUCCCAGGCUCUCAGCCGCGCCCGCCGCCGCCCUCUGCUGCAGGGCUACGAGGUCCACGUCACCCCCAGCGUCCGCCCCGAACCUGAGCACAUGAAGGACAUCAUCACCUGCAGCGGUGGCACCUUCCUGCCCGCCAUGCCCUGCACUUAUGGGCCCCGCAGACUGGUGAUCUCCUGCCCGGAGGAUGCAGGGUGCUGGGGGCCGGCGCUGGGGGCUCACCUCCCCCUCCUCUCAGCUGAGCUCCUCCUCACCGGGCUCCUCCGGCAGCAGCUGCAGCUCCAGCCCUUCCUUCUCACCCCCCCGGACCCCCCCCAGGAUCCCCCAGUGUCCCCUCGGCGGCUCCGGGACAGGACACAUCGGGACCCCCCCGGUACCCGGCGGCGCGGGCAACUCGGGGUUAAAUGAGGGUUUAUUUUUGCACACACACGCACAAAAAAAAAACAACAAAAAAAAGAA